AAAAAUUAUGAAUUAUAUAUGUUUAUUGUAUUUGCGAAAUUUAGAAAUUCUUACAAAAAAAAAUCUAGCGAGAAUCCGGAUUCCAUAUAUAUAUGUGUGUGUGAAUAUCUAUCUGGAAUAUUUUAGCAUCAAGCAAAACACUAUAGCCUACAGCUAGAAGUAGUUGUGUGUGUGUCAAAAAUGGCGGAUGAGGUUGUUCUUCUAGACUACUGGGCCAGCAAGUUUGGCAUGAGGGCCAGAGUAGCGCUGGCGGAGAAGGGCGUCAAGUAUGAGUACAGAGAGGAGGACUUGAGGAAUAAUAUUAAGAGCCAGAUGCUUCUGCAGAUGAACCCGGUUCACAAGAAGACCCCGGUUCUCAUUCAUAACGGUAAGCCGGUCUGCGAGUCACUCAUUAUUGUGCAGUAUAUUGAUGAGGUUUGGAGGGAUAAAGCUCCUUUGCUUCCCUCUGAGCCUUACCAGAAAGCUCACUCAAGGUUCUGGGCUGAUUUCAUUGACAAGAAGCUAUAUGAUGCUUGCACGAAGAUAUGGAUGACAAAGGGAGAGGAACAAGAGGCAGCAAAAAAGGACUUCAUCGAAAUCCUGAAGCAGUUGGAGGGACAGCUUGGAGACAAGCCAUAUUUUGAGGGUGAGAAAUUUGGGUUCUUGGACAUUGCUCUCAUCACGUUCUACUGCUGGUUCCAUGCAUAUGAGAUCUGUGGAAACUUCAGCAUCGAGGCCGAGUGUCCCAAGCUCAUUGCAUGGGCCAAGAGGUGCAUGCAGAGGGAGAGUGUUUCCAAAUCUCUUGCUGACGAAAAGAAGGUGUAUGAGCUUGUUCUUGGCCUGCAGAAGAUGUUUGGUUGGGAAUAGAGGGAGAGAUAUCAAUCUAGAACGUCAGAGUCUUAUAGUGAAGUGUGAAUCUGUGUCUUGUUUAAUUUCUUUCCUUUAUGUAUCCUGUUUUAGUUUAUAGUGAGAUAUAUUAUGGUGAGACACUUUGAUGCGUCUUUGGAAUCUUGUGUGAGGAGAGUAUAGAUGUAUGGCUGUGUCCGGUUUAAUUUGUUUAAUCUCUUUCCUUUAUAUA